AUGGGGUCAUCUAUGUUAAACCCAUUUGCUAUGCAUAAUGUGCAGAAAUUGAUGGCUCCAACGUCCAGGUCUAUGGGGUUCCGAGGGCAACUCGUUGAAGCGAUUUGUUCGCAACCGCUACGAUUGGGUGAUUGUAAGCAGAGCGUGCGACGCUAUUGGUACAACGCUGUGACGAGAGCGUGCGAGAUUUUCGACUAUACCGGAUGUCAGGGCAAUGACAACAACUUUGAAACGCUACUCGAAUGUCAAAACACAUGCGAGAAUAUCAUUCCCGAACCGCAGUGCCCUCAAGGUGACGCUUACAAGGACUACCAAGGAAAUUACUACGUUUGCUCAAAUUCUGGUGUUGGCAACUCCUGUCCAGUCAACUACGAAUGCUACUUUGACGGCUACGUUUGGGGCUGUUGUCCAACGAAAGCCUACACCUGCACUCUGUCUCCCCACAAGGGUGUGACCUGCGGCAGCGGCUCGUCUUAUCGGUACUUUCUACAACAGUCAAACCCAGGAAUACAUAGUCAGCCAAGGGAAUUCAUCCCAAUUACCUACAAUGGGCUGCAGUUGGCAUCUCGAACAACUUCGGCAAGCAUCGAAAAAUGCAAUGAAUCUUCUGCUUUUCGUCUCUGUACUGACUGUGAUGUGGCCUAUGUGAAUCCCAACACCAACAUGCCGUACGAAUGUAAUGCGGCGCUCAGUAACAGUUGUCCGUCGAACUUCGCCUGUACUUAUGACCAGCUGUCCUCGACCAGCGUCUGUUGUGGAGCUACGCAUAUGGAUGUCUGUCCAGAAGGCGAGAAAGCCUAUGUGAAUGCCGCCGAUAUGAGUGUUCGGGAAUGCUUGAUAAAUGUCGAAGGAUCCUGCCCAAGCAACUACCUGUGCCGUUUCAAUGCUCUCAAGAAUCGAUACUAUUGCUGCGCAUCGAUAACGGGCGAUCUCUGCCCUGCUGGAAAAGCGCUCUUCCGCGAAGCAUCUUCGAAAUCACCAAUUAGGUACGUUAUCAUAGGAAAAACUUUUCUGCAUGGAAUAGGGCAGGCCAGCCAGAGUUGA